AUGGUUGCCACCUGUUCAAAAUUUUAAGUAAAAAAACUUAAUUAUAUAAAAAUCAAUACUAUAAUCUUACUAAAGAACUUUAAAAUGAUAAUCCAAAACAAUUUAUUAAAAGGAGUUGCCACCUGUUUGUAAUUUUUAAACAAAAUUUAAGUUUUUAUAGACUUAAACAUGACAUAAAUACUAAGCUUAGACAUUUUGAAACAUAUUAGCUUUGUAAUUUUUUUUAAGUAGAGUUGCCACCUAUUUUAAAUAUAUAAGCCUAAGUUUCGAUGAGGUUAAAGGUGAUACCAUAUAAGUACUCAAGUAAAAACGUUUAAAAAAGUUGUGAUUUGAAAAAAAAACUAGGGUUGCAGCUGUCUGAAAAUAGUUUCUAAAUACGUUCAACAGUUUGAAAAUAUUUUUGAAAAAAAAUUCAACCUAAUUAAAUUUCAUAAUUUUUUUUUCAACUGAAAUAACUCAAUAUAGACAAAGGACUAUGGAUUUAAGAAAAAAAAUAUUCGAAAAUAAUUAAGCAUGGAAACUCUCCUCAAAUUAAAAAAAAAUCAAAAAUAAUUAAGCGUGGCAACCCUGCUUAAAUUUAAAAAAUAAAUUGCAUUUAAAAUUUAUUGAUUACAUUUGGAUAGUCUAGUAGGACAAUGAGGCCAUGCAUAGACCAGUUUUGCUGCCUUGCGAUAUCAGAUAGAGUUCGGCUCCUAAGUCCAUAAGGAGUAGUCCUUCUUUAGGAUACCUGCGCUCGACGCGAAUUUUAACAGACUCUGUGGCCUGACUAUCAACAAUAUAUUGGUGAAAAUUAUUAAUUUUUUGAAGCUCCGCCCAAGGGAAAGAUAGAAGAGAUUGAUGACAGAAACCAUGUUCUUAGGUUCUUAGAAUUGAAUAGUAUUUCAAAAUACUACUAGAAAACUAGAAGAAAACUAUGUCUAAUCUAUGAUAUUUGUUUUCUACGAAGGACUAUUGAUUCCUUCAAAUAUAGUAAUUCUCAUCAACACUAUCCUUAAAAAGGGUAUUAUAAGCGGAUUUGAACACUGUUCUAACUCAGCACGUAUUUCGAGAAUAGAUUUCAAAAAUUCGUUUUUUAUUUUUGAUUUAAAAUUUUCAAUUUUAAUUUUAUCAGCAUGACAGCACUCUUUAAAUUUGACAAUUGAAAAUUUAUUAAUUCUCAUUCUCAAUUUCGUCUUACAGCCGAAUCAAUAAUUGUGUUUCGUAGAAAAAGAAAUGAAUUUCGAAACACGUGUUAAAUAUGAUAGUGAAGCAAAUAUCAAAAAAGCGCUGAGGGCCGUAUCCCUUUACUGCGUCUUCAUAGUAAUGACCACUGUGGUUGCCGUUUCUGCGCGUCACCACUACAUGUACUACUUCAAUCACGCUAUUAAACGGCACUUUUUGAUCUACGAACGUCUCGUCACCUACAAUGAGUGGUGGUCGGAACUAGCAGACUCGUUUUUGCCGGAAGUGUUGCCUUCGCCACCGGCGAGCAACGAAAGUGACGCUACCGCAAAUGCGAAUAGUAAUCCAGGCGUCAAUGCAAGCACAGCACAUAAAGUUAUAAAAUUGGAUGAGAGUAUUCUGUUGGGAACACCACGUCUACGUCAAUUACGCGUCGUGGACACAACUUGCGUCGGCAGCAAGAGUUUCACGAAACAUUUUCAUUUUAUUUGUUAUCCAGAUUAUUCGUACUCGGAUUCGAAAACCACUGGCGAACAUAUAGGCGCUAAAUAUGAGUCUGCAUAUCAUUUGAGCGCGAUGCCGAUCCAGGGACGAAUACACACAUAUUGGGGUGGUGGUUUCGUGCAGAAUUUGGAUCGAAAUUUUAAUGAAUCUUUGCCUUUGAUUGAAUCACUGGCACAACUUGAUUGGUUGGAUCGUGGUACGCGCCUUAUGAUCUUCGAAUUUACGCUCUAUAAUAAAAAUACGGAUCUCUUCAAUAAUGUCAAAAUUCUGGGCGAAGUUCCGGUCACUGGUGGCGUAUUGUUAUAUAUACAAGUGCAGGCAGUGCAAAAACAUGCUGUCUGGACAGGUAGCGUAUGGAUCAUAGUCUCAGCUAUCAUUUUCUAUAUAAUGGCUAUGUACUAUUGCGUUGGAGAAAUACUGGUGUGUCGUCGAAGUGGCUACAAAAAAUAUUUGAAAAACUUUUGGAACAUUGUAGAUUUAGUUAUACUGAUUCUCGUUACACUUUCCUUCAGCUAUAAUAUUUUCCACCCAAUUUAUUUACAUUAUUAUUUGAAGCAUGCCAACGCCUUGCCAACGGAAUAUCAUAGCUUGGAUGUGAUUUGUUGGUUAAACUCGCAUUAUAUGAAUUUAAUAGCGGUGUUGGCGUUUUUAGUUUGGAUUAAGAUCUUUCAGUUUUUCACCUUCAACAAAACAUCGAUACAGUUAAAUGCAACGUUCGUAAAGUGCUAUAGAGAUCUGCUCAACUUCGUGCUCAUCUUCCUGAUAAUCUUCCUCUCAUAUGCCAUGCUCGGCAUGUUACUAUUCGGCCAUGCGCACGAGGAUUUUUUCGUUUUCCCCAUCGCUUUUUGGAGCGUUAUGCGUAUGGUAUUGGCCGAUUUCGAUUAUGUUGGCGUGGAACAUGCAAAUCCUGUGCUGGGACCAAUAUACUUUUUCUCCUUCAUACUCAUCGUGUAUUUCAUACUAAUUAAUAUGUUUCUGGCCAUCAUUUACGACACCUUCCGGAACAUAAAAACCUAUGAAAUACCACCGGAGAAGAAACAAUUGCCGCAGUUCUUUAAGAAGUACUGGGAUAAGGGCAAAGAUGGCGGUAAGAAAGCGCUCAAUGCAAUAGGCUUGUGCAAACGUAGGAAUACUAAGCGAGACACAGAACCGUUACGCGAAUUGAAUGACGAGAAUGAGCCACCUUUUCCACCUACGCCAAGGCCAGAGAAGAAAAUGCGCGUGUCGAAGAAUGAGAUACUUCAGAACUACUUUGAGACCAUACAGAACAAACGUGACGCCGAGCAAAUAGACAAUUUGACUAAACACAUAACUGCUUUAGAGGAGAUUUUGGCUAAAAUGAGUGAUGAUAUUAAGCGUUUGGAAGCUGAGACACCCGAUCCGAGCACGCGCCCAGAGCCGCCGAGACAGCCUAAAACACCGCCACGUCUAAAGGUUUUCAUAAAUCGCAAGAAGUAGAAUGAAUUUCUCAUCUUCUCUUAAUGCUCAAAUGUACAUAUGUGUCAAAAAAUCAAUUUUAAUUAAAUAAAUAAUAUAAUUUUAAUCAAAUUUACU